AUGUUCAGACAAGCUUCAAGAAACUUCACAACCAACGCUCGCAUGCCGCCGAGCUACUUUUUGCAAACUCCCCGUCGACUCGCCAUGAGAUGGAUCCCGCCCACAGUAGCAGUCGUCGCCGUUGGCUACGGCCUCAACGCCUACCGAGAAGGCGCGGUCGAACGUCGCCGAGCAAAGAACGCCGCGGCGGAGAAGCAGGCAAUUGAAGAUCGCAUGCGGGCGGCAAAACUCAUGGACGCCUACGGCGACCGAUCGAGUCUCGAGGAGCUAGAAAAGGCGAUGGCAGUCUACGAAUCCCAAAAUUAA